UUUAUUGUGGUGAAAGAGGAGAACGAUCCGUUAACUUAAAUUAGCAAGUUAGCUCGUACAAAUUUGCAAGCCUAUUGUCAAAAACUGCUCGAAACAAAUGUCAGCCUGUCAAGUGAAAUGUUGUUAAUGCUGUUUAGAGUGCAACAUGAUCCUCUCCUGUCGAGUUUCAACUUUGUUUGGGGCCAUUUGACACCUACACAGACUUGACACCUCCCCACUGAGAGCAAAGGAAAAGUUCUACUCUCAAGUCCAUUUGUGUUCUUCUCAGCUUGACCCCUCCUUUCCACUUCCCAUGUUCAGCGGACAGGAUGAGCACAGCUUGAAGCACAUGAGGAGCAUCGUGAUCAUGGGCAGUAAGAAUCACAAAGCGGCAGAGGAUGAUGGAGAGCGCCGUCUCAUCGGGUCCCCAUCAGGAGGUGCUGCCUCCACUGGGGGGGACCCCCCCACACAGCCCUUCGUCUACGUGCUGGCCUUCUUCUCGGCCCUGGGAGGGUUCCUCUUUGGUUACGAUACCGGGGUGGUGUCGGGGGCCAUGCUGCUCCUGAAGAGGGAAAUGAACUUGAACACCCUUUGGCAGGAGCUGGUGGUCUCCAGCACUGUGGGAGCAGCUGCCAUCUCUAGCCUGAGCGGAGGCUUCCUGAACGGGCUGAUGGGGCGCAGGUACUGCACUCUGGUGGCCAGCUCCAUCUUCACCAUUGGCGGAUUAAUCCUGACGUUUGCUCCAGACAAGGAGGUCCUUCUCGUGGGCAGAAUUAUCAUUGGGUUUGGAAUUGGCAUCGCCUCGAUGACCCUGCCCGUGUACAUUGCUGAGGUUUCGCCACCUCACAUGCGAGGUCAGCUCGUCACCAUCAUCACCGUCCUCAUCACGGCCGGCCAGUUUAGCGCAAGCGUGGUUGACGGCGCUUUCAGCUACAUGAAACACGACGGCUGGAGGUACAUGUUGGGUCUGUCAGUGCUGCCGGCCAUACUGCAGUUUGUGGGCUUCCUCUUCCUUCCCGAGAGCCCCCGCUGGCUCAUCCAGAAGGGCAGACACGAGGAGGCCCGCCGGGUCCUGGGCCGGAUCAGAGGCUGCCAGGAUGUGGACGAGGAGUAUGACUUCAUCAAAACCAGCAUCGAGGAGGAGGAGAAGGGCUCUAGAGGAGGGGGUCUAAUCAUCUUUCACAUGCUCAGCCACGGGCCCACCCGCAGGGCUUUGAUCGUGGGCUGCGGCCUUCAGAUGUUCCAGCAGUUGACAGGGAUCAACACAGUCAUGUACUACAGUGCCACCAUUCUCCAGAUGUCCGGUGUGCGGGAUGAAAGGCAGGCUAUUUGGUUGUCCGCUGUAACCUCUGGGACCAACUUUGUAUGCACCUCGCUCAGCAUCUGGCUGGUGGACAGAGUUGGACGCAGGAAGCUGACGCUGGCCAGCCUCACAGGUACCACUUUGAGUCUCAUCGUGUUGUCAGUUGGCUUCUUGCUGUCAGCACAGAACUCUCCAGCUGUGACACUCCAGCCGCUCGACUCCCACAACUCAUCCUGCACAUUAUACGGGUCCUGCUCAGACUGCAUGUUGAACCCUGCUUGUGGAUUUUGCUAUCGUGAGAACAGCAGCAGCAUAUUUGACUCCACCUGCCUACCCGUCAAUCAAAAGUCCACUGACCACUCAGCAUGGGGACAGUGUGCCAACCAGACCGAGGGGCCAGAGAGUCCAUUCUGGGCAUACAACUUCUGUCCCACUUCCUACUCCUGGGUCGUCCUUUUGGGCCUCCUCCUCUACCUGACUUCUUUUGCUCCAGGAAUGGGCCCCAUGCCUUGGACCAUCAACUCUGAGAUCUACCCACUGUGGGCCCGCAGCACUGGCAAUGCCUGCUCAGCCGGAGUCAACUGGAUCUUCAAUGUCCUCCUCUCGCUGACCUUCCUUCACAUCGCAGAGCUUCUCACCUAUCAAGGCGUUUUCUUCCUCUACACGGGCUUCACGAUGCUGGGCCUCCUCUUCCUCUUCUGUUGCCUCCGGGAGACACAAGGUCUGCAACUGGAGGACAUUGAGAACCUGUUCAUGGGUCCACUGUGCUCCUGCGGCACCUCCUCAAACCUCAACAAUCAAAACAUCCAGUACAUCAGGGUAAAAGGCAGCAAUUACCUCCCCUCUGACAACGAUGCCUCCGACGUAGACUAGAUUUUGGUUGGGGGAUUCUGCUUUUCUAAUCUCUUUUGUGGAUUCCCUGUCUUUUUUUUGGGGGGGGGGUAUUUGGGAAGCCUGCUAAAGCUGGGAGAUAAUGACCUGCUGCCCUCUAGUGGCGAGGAGCAAAAAAAAAAAAUGAGCAAAGUUUGCACGAACUGAUGAUUAUUCUUUUUUUUUUUCUUCCCCAAAUAGCACCUUCCAGCUUAGGCAACUCUCUGAUUACUUCCUUUGUGCCUCUUUCAGCUGGGAACUUAGGAACUCGGUACCAUUCUCUUCCUGACUUUCUGUUUGACAAACUUAUCGUUAGCCAUCGUCAAGGUGGUGGCGCCACACAACAGGAUACCCACUCCUCACAAAGUGAUGCAUCAUAGUCCUCAGCCUUUAAAUCACAAAACAUCAUAGUUUCGUCUCUUCUGUGUGAUUGUUAUUUUAUAUUUAUACUGGCACAUUCCAGCAACACAACCUCAUAUGCCAGCAGAGGAUGCCCGUGUAAUCGUGAUCCAGUCACUGUAAAUUUUUUUUCUAUCCUAAGAUAGGUUGCGUUUAUCGCUGAAAACAUAUCUCAUUCGCUCUACGUUGGUAAUGUAUAGCUAUGUGAUAAUAAAGCAUAAAAUGUACAGAAUACUACGGUAAUACGUCAUAUAUAGACAAUGUAACAUGGCAAGAUGGCAAUCGGAAGAGAGCGUCAACAUCAAGUCAGCAGGAGGCUUUGGAUAUGGAGCAGCAUAGUGAUGUAGUGUACGGUGGCGGCCCGAUGCAGCAGCAUAGUUUUAUUAGAGAGGCAAAAAUUGACAUUUUUAUGGGUGUUUCAAUUACUCACGUUUUUUUCACAAGUCGUGGGUGGUCUUACAUAGUAACCCCCAUGAAUAGAAGGUGUCUACUGUGUUGUACCUUCGUGUGUGCUUUAUUUCCAUAGUGGCAUACAGUCUUUAGCCACACUUCCACCGCCAGUCCAGUUCCGUUCAGGACACCACGGUACGGUCCACCAAUCAAAGGACAGCAGUGUUUCUAACUUCGCCCUCACGCCAAUAAGUGGGAACAUACUGUUUACUUAGCUGACAUUCACAUUUUGUACAACGGGGAAAAGUACUGCACUCCAUGGUGGUGGAAAUGGGGCUUUUUCUUUCUUUUUUUAAAAUUUUUUAUUUUAUAUACAUUCCUGAAUCAUUCUCGUGCUUGGUCAUGGUUCACGUCUGUCUCGGCACUUUAAUUUGUUUUGCUUAUUUUUAAUUAUGAUUAAGUACUGCUUUUAAUACACCACAUUGACUACAGUCAAAAAUGUUUUUAGAAAAUUCCGGAAUUCAUUCCAGCAGACUACGGCGCAAUGGGCUCAGACAGCGGCAUAGCCUAUAUAACUGUAAGUACAGCUGCUGGGGAAAGCAAAAAAAAACUAAACGGGAUGCAUGUACACUGGAGUUAUACUUCCGCCCUGUA